GGGGGGCUCGCUGCCUCCCCCCAACUCCUGGUACAUGAUCCCCCCCCACUCGUGCACCGCAUCAUCCCCUCCCCAAACCUCAGAGGCUGCCGGCACCGCAGGAUCAAAGUCCCCGGGCCUCGCAGCACCGGCCCCCACCUCCUGCCCGCCCCCCCGCCCCCUCCCCGCAGCCGGCAGCGGGUGCCCGGUCCCCUCCAGCUGCAGCCCGGAUUUCACUCCCAUUGCAAAGCCGGCCCUGCAGGAAUUGGUGCUAUGACAGGCAAACUACUGGAGAAGCUGCCGGGGACCAUGAACACUUUGAUGAACCAAUUGCCUGACAAUCUGUACCCAGAGGAGAUCCCCAACUCUUUGAAUAUUUUCUCCAGCAGCAGCGACUCGGUGGCUCACUACAACCAGAUGGCUGCAGAUAAUGUUAUGGACAUUGGUUUAGCGAACGAAAAGGCCGGUCAGGAACUGUCCUCCUAUUCGGGGACUUUUCAACCUGCCCCGGGCAACAAGACUGUCACCUACCUGGGGAAAUUCGCUUUCGACUCGCCCUCCAACUGGUGCCAGGACAACAUCAUCAGCCUGAUGAGCGCGGGCAUCCUGGGGGUGCCGCCGUCCUCGGGCGCGCUCACCAGCACGCAGAGCUCGGCGGGCAGCAUGGGGCCGCCGCAGGGCGAGGUGGACCAGAUGUACCCCGCGUUGCCGCCCUACUCCUCCUGCAGUGACCUCUACCCGGAGCCCGUCUCCUUCCACGACCCCCAGAGCAACCCCGGCCUCACCUACUCCCCCCAGGAUUACCAAGCGGCCAAGCCCGCCUUGGACAGCAACCUCUUCCCCAUGAUCCCAGACUAUAACCUCUACCACCACCCCAACGACAUGGGCACCAUCACGGAGCACAAACCUUUCCAGAGCUUGGACCCCAUCCGCGUCAACCCGCCCCCCAUCACCCCGCUGGAGACCAUCAAGGCCUUCAAGGACAAGCAGAUCCACCCGGGUUUCGGGGGGCUGCCGCAGCCGCCCCUCACCCUCAAGCCCAUCCGUCCCCGCAAGUAUCCCAACCGGCCCAGCAAGACGCCGCUCCACGAGCGGCCCCACGCUUGCCCCGCCGAGGGUUGCGACCGCCGCUUCUCCCGCUCCGACGAGCUCACCCGCCACCUCCGCAUCCACACGGGCCACAAGCCCUUCCAGUGCCGCAUCUGCAUGCGGAGCUUCAGCCGCAGCGACCACCUCACCACCCACAUCCGCACCCACACCGGCGAGAAACCCUUCGCCUGCGAGUUUUGCGGCCGCAAGUUCGCCCGCUCCGACGAGCGCAAGCGGCACGCCAAGAUCCACCUCAAGCAGAAGGAGAAGAAGGCCGAGAAGGGCUCGGGGGGGCAGCCCCCCGCCGCUCCCCCUGCCGCCGCCGCCGCCGCCACCACCUCGCCCCCCGUCGCCCUCGCCCCCGCCGUCACCACGUGCGCUUGAGGGACCGUGGGGGGACGGCGCGGUGACACCCCAGCUCCUCCUUUGCCCUCCGCACCGCUCCGGGGGGGGGGGUCCCAGGGUGGCCUCACACCCCCCCCCCCCUUCCCUCCCCGGGUUCAGGAUGCCGGGGGGGGCUGCGCUGCACGGGGGUCCGCUCUGCCCGCACCCGGAUUGACCGGGUCCAAGCUGCCCGCACCCGGAUCCUGCCCUUGCACUUGGAUCGACGGGAUCCGCACUGCCUGGAUCCAGGCCCCCCGCACCCCGCACUGCCCGGGGCCGGGCCCCCCCCGCACCCCGCACUGCCCGGGGCCGGGCCCCCCCCGCACCCCGCACUGCCCGGGGCCGGGCCCCCCGCACCCGGAUCGCCCGCACCUGCACUGCCUGCCUCUGGGCUCCCCGCACCCGGAUUGCCCGCACCCGCACCGCCCGGAUCCCCGGCUCACCCGGAUCCCUCCUGCCUGCACCCGGAUUACCCGCACUGCCCGGAUCCCGGAUUGCCCAAACCCGGAUUGCCCAAACCCGGAUUGCCCGGAUCCGGUUCUGCCAGAUCCCGGCUGCCCGUACCCCCGCAUCUCCCGGGUCCAGCUUUGCCCGCACCCCAGUUUGACCCGGAUCUGGGCUACCCGGGUUGCAGAUUCCCCGGGAUCCCCUGGCUGACCUGGAUCCCAGGUACCCAGAUCCCACCCGCCCGGUUCCCUGAGGGUUGGGCUGCUCAGGAUCGGGCCCUCCCGGGAUCCCACCCGCCCGGUUCCCUAAAGGCUGGGCUGCUCAGGAUCGGGCCCUGCUGGAUCCGACCCGCCCGGUUCCCCAGGGGCUGGGCUCGCCCGGAUCGGGCCCGCCCGGGUGGGGAUGGAUGGAUGGACCCGAUCCGGCUCCUCUCCGCCUCGCUGGGCCUGGAUCCGGCCCCCCUGCGCCUCCCCUCCCUCGGAUCCCCCCCCGCUGUCCCGGCCCCCCCUCCCCCGGCACCGGUUCCCCGCGGCGGAGGUAAGCGGGCUCGGGCCCCCCCGGGCCGGGCUGGCGGGGCGGGGGGCGGCUCUGCGGGACCCCCACAACUUCGGGGGGCGGCGGGGAGCGAUGUCCCGGC